UCUGACACGGUGUUUCUGUCUCUCCCUCUCUGUUGGUCUCUGCACACUGACGCAGCUGUGGCCCCCCACACCCCCACCCCACCCCACCCCGCCACCUUCUCUCCCCUCAGUCCUGGGAGCUGAGGCAGGAGGGGAAGUGGGGUGAUGGGAGUGGAGAGGGAGGGCGGGAAAUCCCAGUGCGGGGAGAGGGUCGACCGGACCGGCUUGGCUCCCUGGGCAUCUCUGUCAGAGCCCCGCCCAGGGCUGCGUGGCCGCCCAUAUAAGUGGCUCUGGGCUGAGAGGGAGAAGUCAGUGCCUGUGUCUCCACACCUCUGUCUCCAUCACUGCCUCGCGGUCCUGCAGCUCCUCUCCCCCUGAGAGCCCAGCCCCCGUGCCCCAGUCCCUUGCCCCCACCUCCCCAGUAUCCAGCAUCCCUUGGACAGACUCUGCCACUGUCGCUGCAGCCACUUCUGCCGUCCCCAACGCCACCUCCUCAGGGCCAGCAAGAUGCAGUUUGAGAUGCACGACAACGUGAAAGGCAAAGCUAUGUCCUACCCCGUGACCAGUCAGCCCCAGUGCGCCACCACCAGCUGCUACCAGACCCAGCUCAGUGACUGGCACACAGGUCUCACGGACUGCUGCAACGACAUGCCUGUCUGUCUGUGCGGCACUUUUGCUCCUCUGUGCCUCGCCUGCCGCAUCUCCGACGACUUCGGCGAGUGCUGCUGCGCGCCCUACCUGCCCGGAGGCCUGCACUCCAUCCGCACCGGCAUGCGGGAGCGCUACCACAUCCAGGGCUCCGUCGGGCACGACUGGGCGGCCCUCACCUUUUGUCUGCCCUGCGCGCUCUGCCAGAUGGCGCGGGAGCUGAAGAUCCGAGAGUAAGGAAGUUCCCUGUCUUCCCCGUCCUUUUCCACCAGUCUCACCUCUGGCCUUCUCUGGCCACUCCUGGGAGGGACUGCCUCACCACCCCUGUCUCGCUGCCAGAAAUACACCCACAAUAAAAACCUGAAAACCAA